GCUAUGAAGUGAUGCAUUUUCAAAAUAUAAAAUUAAUGGCUUGCUUUAGUAUUGUUACUAGGAUAAGGACUCCUGAGCAAAGAUCCAUCCUGUGCCCCUUAGCAUAAUGGCCUCAGAUAUCUGACUAAGCUUAGGGCCUCAUUACCUUCAUUUUUUUCCUGUCURUUGUGAGCUUUAGAGUAAAGGGUCCACAAAUGUUGUAGUUGUGGGUUAGUUGGAUUAAAUGUGCAGGUGCUGAAUGUGUGACUUAUGUCUUGCAGGGGAUAUCUUGAUGACAUAACUGCAAUUGGGCCCAGAACAGUUGGAAGUCCAGAAAAUGAAAUUCAUACUGUUAACUACCUCAUAGAACAAAUUAAGGCAAUUGAAGUUGAAAGCACUGAUGCCCACAAAAUUUUUAUAGAUAUACAGAGGCCCACGGGCUCCUUCAGUAUUGACUUUUUAGGAGGCUUUACCAGUUACUAUGCAAACGUAACCAAUAUCGUAGUGAAACUGGAACCCCGAAAUGGAGCGAAACAUGCAGUAUUAUCCAACUGUCACUUUGAUUCUGUACCRAAUACGCCAGGUGCCAGUGAUGAUGCUGUUAGCUGCUCGGUGAUGCUUGAAAUACUUAGCACUCUCUCAAAAUCAUCAGAGCCCCUGCAGCAUGCGGUCAUAUUCUUAUUUAAUGGUGCAGAAGAAAAUAUUUUGCAGGCUAGUCAUGGCUUCAUUACACAACAUGAGUGGGCCAAGUCGAUUAGAGCUUUUAUUAACUUGGAGGCAGCAGGUGUAGGAGGGAAAGAACUUGUUUUUCAAACAGGACCUGAAAACCCUUGGUUGGUACAGGCAUAUGUAUCUGCAGCCGAACAUCCCUUUGCCUCUGUGGUGGCACAGGAAAUAUUUCAGAGUGGAAUUAUCCCAGCAGAUACUGACUUUCGUAUCUACAGAGACUUUGGCAAUAUUCCAGGAAUAGACUUGGCUUUUAUUGAAAACGGUUAUAUUUAUCAUACAAAAUAUGACACAUCAGACAGAAUUUUAACGGAUUCCAUUCAGAGAGCUGGGGAUAACAUUUUGGCUGUCUUAAAAUAUCUGGCAACAUCAGAUAAGUUGGCUAAAUCUUUUGAGUACCGUCAUGGAAAUGUCGUCUUCUUUGAUAUACUUGGUCUAUUUGUCCUGGCUUAUCCUGCUCGUGUUGGUACCAUCAUGAACUAUAUAAUAGCAGCAAUUGCUUUUAUUUAUUUAAGCAAAAAAAUACUACAGCCCAAAACCAAAGUUAAUAACAUGAAGAAAUUCUUCACUGCAUUUGGUUUAACAUUGUUAAGUUGGCUCUCUACACUGGUGACCGUCCUUAUUGUGGCAGUGUUCAUUUCUCUCAUUGGAAGGUCUCUUUCCUGGUAUUCCCAUUUCUACGUCUCUAUGUCUCUGUAUGGCACUGCAGCUACAGCCAAGCUGAUUCUUGUGCAUACACUAGCCAAGAAGUUCUACUACAAGAAUAUGAAUGAUCAGUACCUGGGAGAUGUGUUUUUUGAUGCCUCACUGAUGUUCUGGGCUAUAGCAUUGACUGUGCUUACUCAGAUAGGCCUUUGUUCAGCAUUCAUUUGUACAUUAUGGGUAGCAUUUCCUUUAUUUACUAAGCUGAUGAUCCAUAAAGAGUUCAGACAAAAAGGUACCACAAUGAGGUUUGUCACAAUGUACAUGCUGGGAAUGUUUGUUCCUUAUCUGUAUGUGAUGUACCUUAGUUGGACUGUGUUUGAAAUGUUUACUCCUAUAAUGGGACGAAGUGGUUCAGAAAUUCCACCAGAUGUGGUGCUGGCAGGAUUAAUUGUGGCCAUCACUGUGAUUCUGUCAUCCUAUUUUAUUAACUUUGUUUACCUCGUCAAAAGCACAAAAACAACUUUAUUUACUUUAUCCACUGUCUUUGUUGUCACUCUGAUACUUGUCUGUAGUGGAAUCUUCUUUCCAUACAGUUCUGAUUCUGCUAAUCCAAAACCUAAACGAGUCUUUCUCCAGCACACAAGCAGAAGAUUUCAUGAUCUAGAUGGAAACUUGGUUAAAAGUGACUCUGGUAUAUGGAUUAAUGGAUUUGAUUAUAAUGGCAUAUCUCACAUAACUCCCCAUGUACCCGAAAUCAAUGACACCAUUAGGACUCAGUGUGAUGAGUCGGCUCCUUUUUGUGGCUUUCCUUGGAUUCUGCCUGUGCAUUUUAUGUUCCGGAAAAACUGGUACCUUCCUGCUCCAGAAAUUUUGCCAACGAGCCCUGUUCAAUUUAAAGUUCUGUCCAAAGAAUUAAUGCCUUGGAAUUCUGUGAGGUUAAGUUUUGAAGUGUCUGGUCCCAGUCACAUGUCUCUGUAUAUCCGCCCGCACGAAGGCUCGGCUCUGUCCAUGUGGUCCCUGGGAGAUGGAAGGCCCGUGGCGAGCGUGGGAGGGGAUUACUUUGUGUUCUACUCGCACGGGCUGCAGGCUGCGCCGUGGCACUUCUGGAUAGAGCUGACGGCUUCAGAAAAGCAUGCUGAUGAAGUAGUCUCCCUUGCCAUAGCAGCACAUUACUUCUUUGGGGAAGAUAAAAAGUCACCUCAACUUACUGCCUUAUUGGAGAGACUUCCAAACUGGGUGUUUUCUUCUGGUUGGUGCUGUACUUAUGACCUUUUUGUCUUCUAAUGUUGCAGUACUGCUAAUCUGUCAUAGGAUACUGCUGUAAUAAAUCUUGAAAUAUGGACACAAUGCUGGAGACUUCCACGAGAAAUAGUGUUUCUCUGGCAAUUUGACUAUUUAAACGUGAAGAGGGGCUACUGCUCUCUGGGUUUCUGCGGAAAAUGCAAGGCUCCACACUGAUGCAAAUUUAGCUGGUUCUUCCACUGCAGUGGCAGUUAGGCUGCCCUUUCAGUGUGAUUUCUAACUGCAUUUGAGGAGAUAACAUUAGCAUAAUACAAUGGCAGUUGUAAUGAGAAGGUCCUACUGAGGAAAAUAAUUUGCUGCACUGAAUGUAAAAGUACUUUACAUAAAUGUGGUGACUGCCACCUGCCAAUCCUGUCCGUCCUGUUGAAGUAAGAUCUUCAGCUGAAAGAUGAUUGUUUACAUGUUUGGGGAUGGUAAAAUACUCCGGUCACUGGAGGAAGUCAGUGGAAACAGUGAUGCCUGUGUUGAUUGAAUUCCCAGUCAUUGCUAAACGCACAGUGUAGAAUACUAGGUAUUAUGGAAUGUAGUAAUUACUAAUCUAAAUUUUUUCAAAUUUUAUCUUUCUGUUUAAAAAACUUAGUGCCUACCGUUUUGCUCAUCACUAGUUUUGCAAUUUGAAUAGGUGAGCCUGACCAAAUUAUGAUCUUGCACCUGUAUUCCUGUUGGGACCCUUCAGCAUAUUAGCAUGCGACUCGAUCUGUUCUGUAACAGUAUCCACGCUCCCUUGUGCAGAUGUUYAACUAUAUUUCUGGUUAUAAACUUCUAAUUGUUAGAAUUGGCUGUAUUUUUUUGCUAUUUCCUUUGAAGAGACUUGCAGUGGUGUGACAGUAUUGCCUUUUGUUAAUACUUUCACACUUUUUAUAGUAAAUUUUGUUUUCAAUACAGAAAAGUAUCAAGUUGUUGUAUCAAGAGUAGCUAAUACCUGGGGAUUAUUUUAUUUCCACAGGGUGGGGAUUAUAAAUGACAUUAUGUGAUUUAGAGUAACUUCCAAUUUUAACUGUCAAGCCUCGAGAUCUGAAGCCCGUUACCGUUCUUUAUCCCCAAAGUGUACUUUCUGUUUCCAGUGCAAUGCAUAGUUAACAUUAGUUCCUGAAAUUCAAGUAAUUCUGAAGAAACUUUGCUUUUCCAUGCUCAGGGUGAAAUACUCUGUGCUAUUGACACUCCAACAUUAACACAGACUUUGUUUUGUUCAUCUCAUGAGCACUGCCAAGCAGCUCUUUGUGCCUGCACCAUCACCUCACGUAAAAGGCACUAGUACUUUACUAGUACUAUAGUA